AUGGGGAAACAAAUUUUGCUGCUGCCAGCAGGGUUGGUAAGUGCGGCACUGGCAUUCCAAGAUAAGAUGCGGAAGAGGCGGUCAGAACCACUUCUUCUCAACUCAUCUGGAAAAUUCUGAACAUUCUUGGAAAGCAAUGUUACUUUAACGAGGAGAAAAUUCUGGCCGACUGUGUGGUGUUUUGAGUCCAGAGCCCAGACAGUGAUAUCCAGACUUGGUGCGAGGCCAAGUCCUGCCAGGACAUUCAAUAUACCAGUGAGUGCGGUUAUACUGUCUCGGAUAUUCAGUAUCCAAGGAGAUGAGAUACUGCGGCUGAAGGAUGGCGGGGAGGUGGCCUUGGAUUGGAGGUCCCCACGGGAGCUUCAGGACGUUACACCUGUCGUAGUGAUCCUGCCAGGGCUGACGGGGGGUAGCCAGACUGACUAUGUCAAGGGGCUGGUGCUCAAGUGUCACAAAACCACACGCAUCCGAGCUGUGGUCUUCAACAACCGAGGAAUUGCGCAUCACCUUGAAGGGAAAUUCUUUCAGACACCAAGAACGUACUGUGGAUCAAACUUCGAGGAUUUGUCAGAAGUGUUGGAACACGUCGGCGAUACUUACCCAACAGCUCUAGUCGGUGCAGUAGGAAUCUCAAUGGGAGGGCUGAUUCUGGGCAACUACUUGGGGAAAGGAGAGGAAGCAACCAAACGAUUGAGCGCAGCAAUGUUGAUCUCUGUGCCCUGGGAUGUCUUCAAGGGGACAGAGAGCAUUGAGAGACCCAUCCUCAACAGGCUGCUCAACUAUCACCUUGCAGGCUGCCUGUCAAAGUACUGGCCGGACUACAUAUAUGACUUCUACCUGCAAGUCAACAAGCAGAACUGCUCCUUAUUGUAUGACUCAAUCGAGUAUCUAGGAGAAGUCAUAGGAGACACAGGUGCCCAUCAAAAGUUCAAAGCAAUGCCAUGUCCAUCACAUUUUGAAGAAAGUUCCUCUAUCAGGGAAUUCGACUCAAACUUCACGUCGAAACAGUUUGGGUACAAGGAUGUGACCGACUACUACAACCACGCCACUCUACAUAACAAACUAACACAAGAUAUGUUUGCCCACUCUCUGCUUAGUGCUGGUGACGAUCCGUUCCAGCCUUUUGAAGCUAUCCCGGUAGACGCAGCCAACAACUCGGACCAUGUUGCCAUCGUCGUGACGGCCCGUGGUGGCCACAUUGGCUUCAUGGAGGGCCUGUGGCCCUUCCACCAGGAUCAGUAUAUGUUUGAACUAUUUGCUCAGUUCUUUGAAUCUAUGUUUUAUAGAAACGGGUACAAGCUAUUAAAAAGUUACAACCUAGCAGAAAGAAUAAAUUAAGUCACAGGAGUUUUCUGACAUUCCAGUUCAUCAGACCUUUCAUACGAGGGAACAGGUUGUUUAUUAAUGCCCGUAUAAUUUGUUUUAAAUAAAAUUUAAGAGUUUUAUAUACUCUUAUCUGCAUUAAAUCAUCCCGUAGUGCUUAGUGUAGGGUAUUACUAUUUGUCACUAUUUGGAUACUUUUUGGCAAAUUUUGUGAUGUAUCCAACAAAGCAGUGCAGUAAAUUACAAUCAAUUGAAUUACGGAUAGAAUAUUUAGACGUGAAACGUAAAAAAUUAAUUAGACGUCUGAUGUGCGUCUAUGCUUUCAUUGUACUUCAUUAAUACAACACACCAAAGUACUGUGUAUCCAUAUAUUUAUUAAAAUGUUGUAUAUUAUGUCAAAAGUUUUUUACAGUUUUUAAAACCAAAGCACUUGCGGUGUCCAUUUUAAGCACUGAUAUUUAUGUUUUUAGCCACGCUAGUAACACACUUUACUUCGUGGAGCAGACAGAACUUACGCAUUCGUGCAGCGACAUUUGUCUACUGUGUCCAUUUUCACGUUUAGGUGUUCUAUCAGCACUUAAAAACCAUUUAAAGAUAUAUACUAAUUAAACAGAUGUUGUCAUUCUGUACAUAGACAUACACAGCACUGGCUGUAUUUUAUUCUUUUGUUUAAAUAUUACAACCUUGGAAUUCAUAAUCGAAGAUUUAAUAUGAGAAACAUACAUUUGUAAUUAAUUUACAUUUACAGUUUAGUUUCUUGUAAAGGACAGUACAAAUAGACAAUUUUAUACUAUAUAACAUUAAACUACCAUAAUUGAUAUUUCUGUCCGCUUCUUGGCUGGCAACUAUUUGAUUAAGUUUUAUCAAUUUAAGUUAUUAAACUAUCUAUGGCCAGAAUGACCUCAGAUAAUAAGAUUAUCUAGCAUAAGUAAAACAUGUUAAUAUGAUUUGUAUUGAUUUAAACUCAAACCUGUAUUGGUUGUUAGGUUGUAUGUGAGGAUAGGUUUGAAAAAAAAAAAAACAAGAGAAUACCAUAAAGAUGUAACAGUGAAAGUAUUUGA